UUUAUUAUAAAUAUUUUUUAUUUACCAUUUAAUUGGGUCUAGGUAAUUUAUUGUAAUUAAAUUUUUAAAAAUAAUACCUUGUGCAAAGCAGUGUAAACUAAAUGAGUUUCUUUGUAACGAAAGUUAAAAAAUCCAAUGUAAAUCAGCUGUGCAAUGACUGCAAUGAAAGACCGGCCAUCUUAAUUCCCUAUUUGGUACCGUGAAUAUUUUUGGGCAAAAACAUUAUUGCAUUUAAUAAAUUUAAAAAGGCAUAAAUAUUAAUGUCAUAAAAAUUUAACUAACAGAUUAUUAUAUGUGAGUACUAUCAUUUUCCUACUGUCGCUCUUUUAUUGUCUUAGCAGUCUUGGCACUGAAGUAUUCUAAAUUAAUGCAAGGUGUUUUGUUUAUUUUUCUUUAUUGAGAAACGCAUUCCUUCUGUCAAGGAAAAUGAAUAGGUAACAGUAACCUUUAACUUAUUAUAAUUAAUUACACUGAAAAUAAUGCAAGUAAAAUGGCAGCAUCUGCUAGUGACAUAGAUGAUUUCCUUUCUGGCCCACUGGUAAAAUGGCUCUCCACAUGUGUGAAGAAACCAGAAUCUCUACAGGUAUAUGAAACAUUUUUUGAUGGAGCUCCAAUCAACGAAGUUUUGCUUCAAAUCGAUCCCGAACCGUCCCAACCAGUACCUACAACCUCUAAUUUACAGGGUCUUAAUAUUACUGCAGCUAGAAUAAAAGUGUUUCAUUGUAUCAUUAAAAAUAUUAAAACAAUUUAUGAGGAUGAAUUGGGCCAAGUUGUGAUAUCUCUGCCAGACUGUGUUACAUUGGGCAGAGCCCCUGCUUCACAAGCAGCUUUGGAGCAACUGAAAUUGUUAAUUUUAUUACUCCUGGGUUGUGCUGUUCAAGGACCCACAAAAGAGGUUUUUAUAUUGAAAAUAAAGGAGUUAUCUGUUGAUGAUCAGCAGGAUAUUGUCGACUGCAUAAAAAAGGUUACCGAUGAUCAAACUGUUGUAUUAACACUUGAUUGGACAGACCAGCCAGCAGAGCGACUAUAUAGACAUUUAAGGUCUUUGACAGGAGAACGUGAUAAGUUGUUACAACAAUGGGUAACAGACUUAGGACAAGAAUCGGUAUCAAGUCCGACUGCAAAUUCAAAUACCGAAGGAGUAGAAUCAAAUCAUUUGGCAGUAGAAUUAGCAGAUUGGAAAGCUCGGUUACGAAAACAGAGGCAGGAACUAGAAGAAAAAACGGAAAUACUGGUAGAAUGUAAAGAAGAAUUAGAACAUGCAAACAGUUUAGUAACAAAACUAAGAGUAGAAAACAGCGAUCUGUUGAGUGAGGCAAGAAAGGCAAAGGCUUAUCGAGAUGAGGUAGAUGCGAUGAGAGAAAGAGCUGAGAGAGCGGACAGGCUAGACUUAGAAGUUCAGAGGUAUCGGGAAAGACUUGCAGAUGCGGAGUUUUACAAAGUUAGGGUUGACGAAUUGAGGGAAGAUAACAGGGUAUUGCUUGAAACAAGGGAGAUGCUUGAAUCUCAACUGGCUCGAGCUAGGCAAAGGGCAGAUCACGUUUUGGAAUUAGAAGCGGAACUUUUGAAUUGCAAGCAAAGUAUUAAUGAAAUUGUUUUGGAAAGGGAUGCUGCCAGAGAAAGAGUCCAGGAAUUAUUAGAUGAAAACCUUCAACUUCAACAGGUGACCAAAUCAGCUCUACAAGAAACGAGCAUCUUAAAUACAUCUGGUGCCGACUCAGAGAAUGAAGAAACGAAUUCAGGUGACAAUAGUCUGUCGGAACAGUUGACCAACAACGCACAAGCGCGUGCCUUAAGAUUAGAAUUAGAGAACAAGAGAUUACUGUCCACCAUUGAUUCUCUGAAAGAAAGUUCCUUCCACGAAAGUGCUAGCAAACUCCUAGAAUUAGAAAAAGAAAAGAAAAAAUUGAUGCUGAAAUGCGAACAACUCCAGGAAAACUGCGACAGACUCUCACAACAGAACGGGGAAUUAGAAAAUCUGUUCAAGAACGCCAUACAAGAGAAUCGGAAGCUGCAGGACAGCCUCGAUAGCAUUAAGGUGAUUUCGGAUAGGCAGAACACGGAUAUUCAAAACGAAAGGGUUAAAAUAAACGACUUGGAGAAGAAUAUUGAAUCCCUUACUAAGGAUAAACAAAGGGUUCAGUUACUGUGUGAUACUAUAAAGAAGAGGGCCGAUGACGCAGAAAAAUCCUUAAGUCAAAUUACGAGUCAGUUACACGCUGCGCAGGUUCUAGCCGAUAAGGGGAAAGAAUUGGAAAAAUUGGGAAAUGAAAUGAAAGACAAAGUUACUAGCUUAGAGAAGGAGAAUUUAGGGAUGCAAAAGGAGAUUUCCAAGUUAAAGGAAAUUAUUGAGACGAAAGACGUAAUCUUGGACCAAAAUGUGGAAAAGAGCACAAAGCAAGAAAAAGAAAUCCAAAGAUUGAACAAAGAGUUCACCAGCCUAACAAUCCACAUAGAGAAAUUGCAGGAAGUCGAACAAAGAGCUCAGGAACUCAUCUCGCAGGCUUCCGUCCAUGCAGAGACCAUAGCUACCCUUCAAAAAGACUUAAUCAACGAAAAAAUCAAUAAUGAAAAAUUCAAGAGCAAUCUGGAAAAGUUGGGGCUCAACCCAGAAGUUUUGGACAACGAUAUCAAUGUGAUCGUGGAAAAAAUGCUCACUAAUCCUGAAAUCUCCAGUAAUUUAUUAUCUAUUUUUAAAACACAGAUCGAGGAAGACGAACCAUGUAAGAAAUGUGCUGAGAACAUACACAGCGAUGUGCUAUUGCAAGCUGAGGAAGUGGCGUCGUCCAUUAGUGCCGAAUGGAGCAAACAGUGCGAUAAGUUAUAUUCGGAAAUUGCCAGUUUGCAAAGCUUGAACGAUGGUUUGCAGAAUGAAAAUGCUACUCUAAAGGUUGAUGUAUCCACUUUGAAGUCUCAAGUUAAUUCGUUACAGACCCAGCAGACUGCCCUACAGUUGGCAAAUAGUCAGUUGGUUGCAGAAAAAGAUGAGUUGUUUAAAAAACAACAAAUUCAAAAUAAUCAACAUGACACUUUAUUGCUUGAUCAAGUCACCUUGCGCACUUUGCAUGAGCAACUAAGUAUGGAGUACGAAGAGGCGAAACAUGAACAGGAGAGUCUGAAGAAAAUUGCACGAGAUCUAAGGUCUGAGAUGCGAACACUUAAAGACACCAACAGUAAUUUGGAAUCAAAAAUUAUAAACUUGGAUUUGGAAAAGGAUAAUUUGAAAACGGAUGCAAGGAGCUUGGCCAAUUUGAGAGCAGAACAUUCAAAAUUAAAGGAUGAUUUUAGAAACUUAUUCACUGCUAGUGAACGAUUGAAACAGGAAUACAGGGCAGUUCAGGAGGAACUAAAAUCAUUGCGAACAGAAUUGAGAAACUUGAGACUAGGGCAGACUGAAAUGCAGGGAGAACUCAACACGAGGUCAGAUCACGUGGCGAGUUUGCAACUGGAAAAUGCGAAACUGCAACAGAAGUGCGAUAUGUUAUUCGAGAUGAACCAUUCCCUAGACAGCGACAGGAGGGCAUUGAUGGAUCACGUUUCGCAACUAUUAUCGCAAUAUCACUCCCUCCUAACACACUCUUUAGAGGACAAGCAGCACUACCAUAUCGAGGAAAAGCUCUAUACGGAUAAAGUGAACAACCUGUGCAGACAGAAGGAGAAGUUGGAGGAGAAAAUUAUGGAGCAUUACAGGAAACUGGACAAUGCUUCGUCAAAAAAGAGGGGAUUUGGAGCUACUUUGGUGCGAAGGGUCAGAAAAGCCGGUUCUGAUAUUAUAAAUAAAGUCCCAAGCAGGAAUCGAAGGUCCUGGCACGAAGAUACCGCCAGACUAACCCAGUCUCAGUUUACUUUGUUGGGCGAUGGAUCGGGGGAAUCAAACGGGAAUAACUCCGAUAACAGUACCGAAGAUACUGGUAACCGAACCGAACCAUUUAGGAGAAACGUAAGUUCAAGCGGGAGCUUGCACGGCCACAAACCUAGAGAUGAAGUGGCUUUAAGGCGAUCCCACAGGGAUUUAACAGGACAUCGGAACAGUGUGGCUGGUGAUCAAAUGUAUUGUCGGGAACCAGGUAGUGCGCUCAGCCUGGGUUCCGUUGGAUCUCGGCGAACGGUUUAUUUAUCAGAGGAAGAUACGCCGCCUCCGGUUACAACAUCCACGCCCAACCAAAAUAAUCAGGCUAAUACAGCCACUCCCCCUUUAUUGGUUUACAAUAGAAUAUCUACGACGAUUGCUGAGCCGCAAAGGGUCUCGCCACCUCAACCGCAGCAAGCGGAAGAGAACAUGAAAGAAACAACGAAUAACGACAAGGAAAAAUCAAAGAAUGCUAAAGAAACGGCUGUGUGGUAUGAAUAUGGUUGUGUUUGAGAUAACUUAUUUAUAGGUCUUAUUUAUUUUAUUUUAUUUGUUUUGAGGAUGUAUCUUUAGAUUUUCUUUCAAUACGUUAUUUACCAAGGUGAGUAAUGUAGUUUAAUUAUUCAAUAAUAGGUUGUUUUAAUCGGAAUAUAAUUGCUUUCAAGCAAUAUCCUAAAUGUGAGAGAUCUUUUCAAAACAAAAUAAUCCAGUUCAGUAAUAUGCCCUUGGGUGAUGUUUGACUAAAAAUUUAAUUAGCGAUGGGAAAUUUUCGGGAAGAUAUUUUUUUGGAAAUAUUCCCAAAAUAUACCGAUUUCGGCAAUAAAUUUUAAAUUUCAUAUUUUUGAAUGAAAAUGUAUGGAAUAUUUGCAACAGUAUAAAAAAAAUAAAGUGAAUGGAUGUACAGGUACAGUCAAGGACAAAAAACGUUUCUGAUCCAAUAAACACUGUUUUUAUAUUACAGAGGUUUCAUAAAUGUUUAUAAGUCAGAUGACUGCCAAUAUUAGGCCAUCAACAUUACAGGAUGUCAACUAAAAAUCCCUAAAUCGCAGCAUCACCAACAUUAAUGAUUCGUUUACAUUGAAUGUCACUAUUCACGUGAUUGAAAAUUAAAGAUUUUUAAGUUAUUGCCAAUGCAACUGAAAAUUUAGUAUUGCUGAUAUCAACAACUGAAGUCGGUUUUUAGGAUAUUUGGUUAACCGGUUUCGGAUAACUCGGAUUUUUACAACAACCGGUUUUCCGAUUAUUAAAAUAACUGGUUAUUCGAUAAUCUGUUCAUUCAAACAUCCGAAUAAUAGGAUUCUUUCUUUAUAGCCAAUAACUACACGACACUAUAAUAUCGUCUUAGUGUCAUGUAGUUAUUGCCAUGGGUUACAUAGUAGAUACCUAUUACAAAAAUUAGGUCGAACUAUAAAGGGAAUUACAAUUUUUUUUAUAUUUUAUCCUGGGACACAGACACAAAUUGAUAAAAAAAACAAUCACCCACACCCACAUACAUGACCACCAAACCCAUUUAUAUAAAUAAUGAAUUGAAGAACCACAGUUCCUUAAGUGUAAAUGUUUUAACAUUUUAGCUUUUAACAUUAGAUUUCACUUUAAGAUUUAAAAUAUGUGAAUAACGUCAUCAAAUUUUCAAAACACCAAUUUUCAGAUAUCCGGUUUUGGCCAUUAUUCGAGUAACCGGUUAUUUGGUUAACCAGUUUUAGAAUAUCCGGUUUUAACCACUAUUCGGCUAACCGGCUUUGUCUGAAAUCGGUUUUUGCAGAAUCCGGUUUCACUUUUUUUCGGUUUUUGCCAGCACUAAAAUGUAUUGCACUUUAAAGCAGAGAACGCAUUAGGCGGUCCCGGUCCUGUCGCAUCGUGGUCCGUGCUAGUCUCGAUCGCGCGCGGUGGAGUUCCUUCCCAUGUUUUCUAAUGUAUGCAUUCGCACUAGACGUUCCCGAGCUCGUCGCGCUCGCAUCACGUUCUCCACCGAUCGUUUUCAAAGAAGCUCAAUGCGAUUGAGACAAGCGUCCUCUUCCAUAUAACUCAUUUUUUUAACUACUAAAACAAUAUCUCAACUAUUUAAAGAAGAGCGCGGCGCAGGAUUGUGUGCGAUUGCCAAAUACGACUGAUUUUGUAAAAGACUGCGAUCAGCUCAGGCCAGAACGGAUCGCGAUGCGACAGAACCGCGACCGCCUAACGCGUUCUCUGGUUUAAAGUUAAUUAUAAUUUUUUUUUAAUGAAGCCUCAGUAUGCCAAAAAAUUUAAAGUACAAGUAUUUUAAAAUUAAUGACUCAGUACUUUCUCCGCUAAUUUUUAUAAGUCUACGAAGGCAAACUACAGAUUUAUAGAUUCUUAUUUGGAAUUAUCUGUCCAACAUGCUGUACUUGUACUACCAAGAGUUUUGGUAUUCUUUUGUGUAAUUUGUAUCUUUGUAUUUCUAUAGGUAUUAAGGGGUAACACCACUCUGGAGAUUGGAAAAAGGGUGGUUUUUGGGAAUUUUCAAGGAAAAAUUGAUACAAGUAUUAGGAACAAAAAGGUUUUAUUAUAUGACCGUGGAACAAAAAAAAAAUCAAAAAUUUUCUGAUAUAUACUAAAAGCUAGGGAUCAUCAUAGGGAAAUUAAAAAAUAUUGAUUUAGUUAACAUUAAAAAAAAGUGAUGAAAGAAAGAUUAAAAAUUUUGCAUUAAAUUGUUAAUAAAAAUGAAAAUUUUUCAAUUGAAAAACUCCUAUGAUGUUCCCUGAGUUACAUUAUUGUGAAGCUCUGUAAAAAUGUUCAAAUCGAUUUGAUUUGUUGACAAUUUUUUGAGUUAUGUUUCUGGCCAGUUAAAAAAGUGGUUUCUCAAAAAACACUUUUAAGAGGGAUCUAUAGCAAAUAGGCAAUUAGAAAUACAUUUUUAUAGGUUUUAUUACACAUUUUGCGUAUCUAUGAAUUAAUGCACAAAAAACAGACUUUCCUCCAUUUUAACGUAGAUUUCCUAUAAAAUGGAGUAAGUUUGACUCUAAUUACAUUUUGGUGGAAAGAAAUUUGUAAUUUACGAUGCCGCUUGUUCAAACGCCGCAAAUUACAAAUUUCUUAACAACAAAAAGUAA